AUGGACGCUGCAUUCGCUAUUCCCAGCCGCGGCGGUAUCGACGCCCGGGGCAAGGCUAUGGCCCCAACGUCAAGCAAGCAGCUUAUCGACACGGAACUCCCCAAGGCCAUGGACAUGACGCACCAUCUGAACCGCCUGUCCAAGAACCGGAACCCUAGCAGCUUGAAGGAGUUGUACAAGUAUGCCGCCAUUCCCGGCAUGAUCCCCUUGGGCGGCGGUAUCCCCCACCCGGACGUCUUCCCUUUCGAGCAACUCUCUGCGCUCACUCUUCCUGUCGACUCUGUCUCGCUCGACCUUCCUCGGGUUCCGGAGAAGGCCAAGCAGAGCCUCCUCUCCUGGCUUUUCGGCGGUGGCAAACGCGUCGACGAGAUCUCUAUUCCCAAGUACGCCCCCAACCCCACUGCGACCACCGUCCAGCUCUCCACAUCCCUCCAAUAUCAAGCUGCGACCGGACCCCCCGCGCUCCCGCUCUUCCUCCGUGAAUACGUCGAGACGGUCUACAAGCCUGCCUAUGCGGACUGGGACGUCCUUCUCAACGUCGGCGCCACUGACGGAUGGGCCAAGAUCUGCCAGAUGUUGCUCGAGGUGGGGGACGCGGUGCUCGUCGAAGAGUGGACGUACCCCGGUGCGGAGAAUGCCUUCUUGCCGAUGGAGUGCGAGAUGAUCCCCAUUAGGAUGGAUGGGGAGGGUGUGCUUCCUGCGCAUCUGGACGAGGUGCUCGGUGGGUGGAAGGAGGAGGAGCGGGGAGGCAAGAAGCGCCCCAGGGUGUUUUACACGAUCCCGACGGGCCAAAACCCUUCGGGCGCGACGAUGAUGGGGCCGAGGAAGAAGGAGGUGUAUGAUGUCUGCAAGAAGUACGAUAUCAUCAUUUGCGAGGAUGAGCCGUACUACACCUUGUAUGUCGGAGACUGGAUGCCCAAGGGCAAGAAGGCAACCGCCGAGGAGGAGCACCAGAUUGAGACUGAGAAGAAGGAGGGUAAGGAGGGCAAGGAGGCCUUCCUCAAGGCUCUUCCGCCUACCUACCUGACGUUUGACACAGAUGGUCGAGUUAUCCGUAUGGACACCUUCUCCAAGACCUCCUGCCCUGGGUCCCGUCUCGGCUGGUUCACCACCUCCCCGCUCUUCAUCGAGCGCCUUACACGCGCUACCGAGUCGCAGACACAAGCACCUUCCGGUUUCGCCACUGCCCUUACUACGACCCUGCUCACCCACUGGGGCUUUGACGGCUACAUCCGCUGGCUGCGGGGCAUCAAGUCGACCUACAAGCAGCGCCGGGACUGGAUCAUUGACGCCAUUGACGACAACUUUGAUCUUGUCCUCGACGGGCAGGAAGACGUCGGCUCAGACGAAAAGCGGGCGGUAUAUGACAUCCAGGGGUUGGGCAAGGGGGCGACGUGUUACUCCAAGACUGUAGGGGUUGCGGAAUGGGACGAGAAGAAGGGGGCUGUCGGGAGCAUGAAGAAGGGCGGGAAGGGUCCUGCAUUAGUUUCUUUCAUUCCUCCGACCGCCGGGAUGUUCAUCUUCCUCGCCGUCCACACCUCACACCACCCCAAAUACCCCAAACUCCUCCUGACCCAAACCCCGACCGAAGCCACCCGGACGCUGAUGGACGCCCUCUGGCGCCAGCUCGCAGAACACCACGUCCUCGUCGCUCCCGGAUGGGGCUUUGACGCGCGGGGCGAGCACAGUAUCGGCGGCCCCGGGAUCGGGUACUUCCGCCUCAGUUACUCGACCCUCAGCUACGCGCAGUGCCGGACGGCGAUGAAGAUUUUUGCGGAGCAGCUGGACAAGUUUUUCGAGGUGAAGAAGUAG